CAUGUUCACUAAAUCCGAAUAAGUUAGGUUAAGACUUGAAUUUUAUUUGCCCAUAUUUAUUACGGAAAUGCUUAAAAGAAAGUAGUGUAUGAUGGAUGAAAAUAUAAAUAUUUUAAGCAGCAUUUUGAGCGCGUUUAAAUCUUUAACCAAGAAACCGGAGCUGUAUUUAAGUGUUCAAGAGGAUAAUGCAUUGAAAUUUAAAACUGAGUUAAAAAAAUUGUAUGAUCAUACUAAAUCAAGCGAUAAAUCAAAUCAUAACAGUCAGGCAUUACAACGAAUGAUUAUAGACAAGUUUGAUGAAGAACAAAUUUGGCAACAACUGGAAUUACAAAAUAAUAGUACCUGGAAUGGGUUUUUGGCUAAUAUUUCUCGACUGUGUUUUAAUAAACAGCAUUUACUGUUCUGUAAUUAUGGUAAUGUUGACGCUGAUAUUGAUAGGAUUAUAAGGGUUGCUAAUGAUGAAUAUGACAUUGAAGAUAGAAUAUCAGAUGAUAGUGAUGAUGAUGACGAAAAUGAUGAAUAUAAACAUAAGGAUGUCGGAGAUGAAAUGUCAGAUGUUGUUAACAUAGGCAACAUUGAAGACAGUUGUGACGAAAAUCUUCUUGAAAUCUUUGGCAAAUAUAAUUCUAAAGCAAAAUGCCUAAAUAGUGAAGCUAUUCGGAAGCCUUACAAAUCAUCUAUAGUUGAUGACAAAUUUUUUAAAUUCUGUGAACUACAACAAUUUUUAAAUGAGGAAGAUUGUAAGAAUAUGAAUGGUAUGCAAGAAAAAUUUCAUCGUGAUGGUGAUAGCGAUAACUCAAUUGACUUGUUUGAAGAUCUUGAUGCCAACUUAUUUUCUGAUGAUGAAAAUGUAUAUAACGAAAACUAUAGUGAUGAUGAAACUAAUAGAGAAAAAUAUCCAAGAUAUGAGGAUUUUUUUGAUGCUCCUGAGGAUUUAAAUCACGAUCAGAAAGAUGAGCUAAUGGAUGAGGUGAAUGUGGAAGAUUGUGAUGAUUUGGACGAUGAUAACCUUAAUUAUCAUGACAGUGAUGAUAAAUCAAAGAAUAUGAAAAGAGUGAAAUUUCAGAUAUCUCAAAGCGAAUCUGGUGAUGAUUCAUCAGAUGAUUAUGUGUUAGAUAAGCCUGACUUAAAUCCAGGAAACAACCAAGAGGAAAAAUCUACUUUUCAAAUUAGGCAAGAAAGACUAAAAAAGAAAAUUGAUCAUUUAGAGAACGCAGCAUUGGCUCAAAGACCAUGGCAGCUUAAAGGAGAAAUUGAUGCAGCAAAUAGGCCUCAAAAUUCCUUGUUAGAAGAAGUUUUAGAAUUUGAUUUGUUGGCAAGACCAGCUCCCAUUAUUACGCAAGAGACAACUUUGAAAUUAGAAGAUAUUAUUCGGCAAAGAAUAAAAGAUAAAGCAUGGGAUGAUGUUGAAAGAAAAAUAAAACCAAUUGAUGCCCCAUUAGAAUAUAAGAAAGAACUAGCCUUAAAUCAAGAAAAGAGCAAAGAAUCAUUAGCAAAGAUUUAUGAGCAGGAAUAUUUAAAACAACAAGCAGCAUUAUAUCCAGAUUGUUCUGACCAACCAGAAGAAGUACCAAAGGAACAAACUGCCAUUGAACAAAUGAUGAUAUCAUUAUUUGCUCAGCUAGAUGCUUUAUCAAAUUUCCACUACACUCCGAAGACUGUUAUGCCAGAGGUGAAGAUUAUCAGUAAUUUACCUGUCAUUAGCAUGGAAGAAGUAGCACCUGUUGCAACGAGUGAUGCAACUCUUCUUACUCCAGAAGAAAUUCAAAAGAAAUCUAAGGGAGAUGUGGUUAGUAAAGACGAACGCACAAAAACGGACAAAAUUAGAGAGAGACGCCAGAAGAAAAUAAGACAGCAAAUUAAAAACAAGAAACAAGAAAUUAUAGAAAAAUUGAACCCCAACUCUAAUAAAUUUAACAAGCAAAAGCAAUCUAAGCUUAUCAAUAAAUUGUUUAAAAACAGAAAUAUAGGAAAGUUGGUUAAUAACACUAAGACUGCUAAGUCUUCUCAAGCAUUCUUCACACAAUUGCAAGAAGUCCAAGGACAAAUUUCAAAUAAAAUCAAGUCAUGAAAAAUAAUGAGCAAGAAAAAAAGAAAUGUAUAGCAAAG